UAUGACGGACAGCAGUGAUUACGAUACUGAUCUGGAUAACGACGAUCAUCUUCCGCUUAUUCUUCCUAUGCCAUCGUCUCAUCUCUACGAGAAAGCUUGUCGAAAAUUUCAACAAACUCCAAACAUAUUUAUAAAAGAUCGCUUUGAUGAAUACAGUUUUCGUGUGAAAAAUCAAGGAUUGGAUCAUAAUUCAUUUAAGCCUAUUGCAGUAGCUCUAGUGAACGAUAAGUUUAUUAAGGAAGUGAACGUUGGUGAAAAUAAUAUUGGAGACGACGGCUGCAAAGCGUUUUCGGAAGCGUUACUGUAUAAUUCCACAAUAGAAGCGAUUAAUCUUUCGUCGAAUAACAUCGGAAAAGCUGGCCUCAGAUAUCUUACCGCUUCGCUACUUCGUAAUGAAACUGUAAUAACUGUAAACUUAUCCAAGAAUAAAUUAGAAGAGAAUGAUGGAGAAAUUUUAGCCGUACUAUUCUCGAAAACAAAGACAUUGAGAAAAGUUGAUAUUAGUCAUAGCGAAUUCAGAGAAAAGGGUGGAAUAUUUUUAGCAGAGGGAAUAAGGAAAAACUCUAGUAUUGAGGAGUUAAAUUUAAGCUGGAAUCAUUUGAGGUUAAAAGGGGCGUUAGCUAUUGCAAAUUCUCUACAAUUUAACAGCAAACUACGUAAACUUGAUCUGUCAUGGAAUGGUUUCUCAGAUGAGGCAUCGAAGAAGAUUUCUAAUUCAUUAAAGACGAAUAGUACGCUCGAGGAUAUCGACCUAUCGUCAAAUCGUAUUAGUAGUCACGGAGUUGACUCUCUUUCCGAGAGUAUUCACUCGUCAAAUUUGAAACGGCUAAAAUUAAGCUACAAUCCUAUUGACGCCUAUGGGGCAGCAAAAUUCUUAUCGGUUAUUCGACAAAAUGCUUCCUCCUGUAAGCUUGAAUACUUAGAACUUUUGGAUGUAGAGGUUGGGGAUCAAUUUGAAAACGAAUACCAAAAGUUAAGGCGUGCCAAUUCAAAUUUUGUUAUAAGACAUGGAGGACGUCUUAGAAGGGAUGAUGUAUAUGAAACUACGUCAAAUAGAACUCCGGAAGUUGGUGAUCCUCUAGCUCUUUUCUUGGAGCACGCUCGAAAAACCGGAAUGCGCCUCUCAGACCUUUUCGCAAGAUUUGAUAGGGAUAGGAGUUUUAGUUUGACAGACGUUGAAUUGGCCAACGGACUUAAGGCUUCUGGAUUAAUAUUGUCCGAUUUACAAGUUGAAAAGUUAUUACAUACUUUGGAUACAGAUAAAAAUGGUGAAGUUGACUUUGGAGAGCUAGUUGACGGUGUUAGAAGACAUAGAGACGCCGUUAGGAAAAGGCAUAAAGCUAUGAAUGUAUCAAGGCCGGGUAGCGCCUACUCAAGACGCCCUUCGCAACAGAUAGUAAUGUCUAGUCCUCUUGGUGAAUCUUACAUGCGUAAUCGAGAAACUUCAAAGUCGUUCUCUUCAUCAUCACACCUUCUCUUGCCUCAACAGCCAACCAAUCCCAAAUAG